UAUUGUAAAAUUUAUAUAGAUUUAAACGUUAUAUUUUUUGCAUUAAUCGUUAUCCUAUAAUGUAUCGUCACAACAUUAUGUGUGCUCACAAACAAAAACUUGUAAUGGUUAGGAACAAUAAUCUGAAAAUAACUAAACAUUGUUAAUAAAGAGUGGUAGAACAUGACUACCAUACUCACAAAUGAAGCAAAACUACGCUAUGUAAUAGAAUGGUUUCAAGAAUGGUCUGAAAUGCAAAGAAAUGAUUUCCUGGAUAUACUUAUUGAAGAAUGUGGGCCUGUGGGUCUUGUUCAUGGAUUGGUAUCUAGGAUGGAAAAUUUAGGAAAUGACGAAGACCUUAUAUAUGACAGACCAACUCUGUUUCGAUGUCGUGUAAAACUCUUUCGAGAAUGGAGUUAUAAUUGGUCUCGGCAGGAAAAAGAUUUUUUGCUUCUAUCAAUCAAAAGUGCUGAUGCUGCAUUUGCACAAAAAUAUGAUGAAAAGCUAUUAACAUUAAUACGUGAUGAACAUGAAAAACAAUAUGGCAGGAUGGAAACAUAAACAAACAACUUGGAGCAUAUAAUCUUCUUUAAUAUUGUAGAAGAGGUUUAUACUUCUAUAAUGUCUAAGAAUAGGAAAAAAUGAAAAAAUAUAUGAUAAAAAUACAGUACAA